GUGAGACAUGAUCUUUAAACUUUGUUCACCAAAUAAAUAACUUGAAAAAAAUAACUGUCACCAAAUACUAUGGACGUCAUGGGACGUCCAUAGUAUUUGCUGUCACUAACUGUCAGUUAAGGGUGAAUGCGAGAGGGGAAAUUAUGUCUAGAUAAAGGUUUAAAUAUUGAAAUAAAAGCUUGUAAAAUUCAUUUAAUAUUUAAUUUAAAUGUUCUCAUACUAUUUUAGUAUCAGUGUUCAUUUAUUAAUUUUUCAUAAUUAAUUUAGACAUCAACUUGACUUGACUGUUUAUACAGUUUUAAACAGCCAAUCCCAGCAAUUAUUUUGAUCAGAGGUUAAGCGUCAUUUUACGGCGUCGCUUGCUUUUAUCACAGAGGUUGAUUAGAAAGUAUUGUGAUUAACGGAAUUUUGUUAUAAAGUAAAAGAAUGACGAGCAAAGGAAAAUCUACUUCAAAAGUAGCAUCGGAUAAAGUAAAAUCGGAAUCUACGAGUGGAACCCGCAAGAUGAGUCCGGGAAGACCGAAAAGUCCUGGACGACCAAAAAGUCCUGCUAGACCCAAAAGUCCAGCGAGACCAACAACAACCAGUCCGGUAAGAAAGAAGGCUUCAGGUAGACCAAGAAGUCCUGCGAGAACAAAAAGUCCAGCAAGACAAAAAAGUCCAAAUAGAACAAGUCCUGCCAGAACCAAAGAGGCUAAGACCAGACUUCCUACACCUACCAGAACUGAAAGAGUUAAAAGCCCAUCUAGAGUUAAAAAUGCGACUGCUGCCCCAAAAACCUCUACUCCUAUUGGGCUUGUAUCCAAGAGAUCUCCAAUUAGGAGUACUAAUGAGUUGCUUGCUGAUAAAAAAGAAAAAGACAUACAACCUAAGAAACAAAAAAUUAUUGUUGAUACUGACACUGAUUCUGACACUGCAGACAGUAUCCCAGAAAUUAAGGAAAAACCAAAAGCUACUGUAAGAGGGCGAACUAGAAACACAGAUAUUGAAGAUAAAGAUAUCGAUGAAUUGAAGAAAACUAGUGGUGCAGAACCUAUAGACGCAGUCGGUCUUACACGUAGAUUUACACGCUCUUCUCAAAAUAAAGAUAUUGAUAGAAUAGUUCAUCUAAAACACUUUGAGUCAGUCACCUUAACAAAACGUCUAGGUGAAUUUUCUGAUGAUGAUGAAUUAAUUGAGAAGAAGUCUCAAAAAGAAAUUGAUGAAUAUGUUGGAAACAAACAAUUUGUUGAAUUUGGUGGUAUAUAUGGUGCCUUAUUAUUGAUCCCAUUGAUACCCUUGUCUGUAAUAGCUCUCUAUACCUUUUGUACAGAAUCUCGUUGUUCCUUUUUGGGCCAACCACAAUUACAACGAUUAAGAUUGCUUUCUACAUUCUUUGAUGCUAAAUCGUAUUUAAGUAUUGCUGGCUAUGUUCUUGUACUUGCUCUAUUAAGUGCUAUUCCUGCCGGAGGUGCUAAAGUUAGUGGCCUUCCCAACAAAUAUAGUAAAUUUGACUAUGUAUUAAACGGAUUAGUAAAUUUCUUAAUAUUGUUCGUUAUAUUCCUGGGAUUACAAUUUAAAAAAAUUGAUGUAGCAUCAUACAUUGUUGAUCAUCUGUUCCAAUUUCUGAUUGGUUUUAUUUCGUUGGGAAUCAUAACAUCAGUUUUUACGUAUGUUAGGAGCUUUUAUGUACCGAUCAGUGCUCUUAAUAAAUUUGCUGUAGGAAAGAGCAGGAUGUAUGGAUUUUUCAUUGGCAGAGAAUUGAAUCCAAGAUUGUUUUCUGUGGUCGAUUUGAAGCUGCUGUUCUUUAGGGCAUCUCUUAUAGCUACAAUAUUCAUCGAUUUGGCAUUUCUCUCGAAAACGUUGGAACCUACAUUUAAAAUUGAAAAUUUAGAUAAUACAUUUACAAUUGCGCCAAAACUACUCUCCAUCAAACCUACCAUCCUAACAUUCACUCUCCUUCACGUUUAUUACUUCCUUGAUUCUAUAAUUUUCGAAUCCACUUGGUUGACUUCCUUUACUCACCAACAAGAAGGAUUUGGAUAUCUGCUGGUUAUGUCAUACUGUACCUCUCCGUUCUUCAAUGCCCUCUUGAUGAAGUACGUCAUAGAAAAUAAUGUAGAGUUACCGACGUGGCAAUUGGUGAUUUGUGGACUGGUGUAUGCUGUAGGAUUACUCAUAUACAGAAAAAGCAACAAUUUGAAGGGUGCCUUUAGAAAGAAUCCCUACAGUCCUGGACUAUCCAGUUUGGAAACAAUUCCGACUUCACAAGGAAAGAAAAUAUUAGCUUCUGGUUUAUGGGGACGUAUCAGACAUCCAAACUACGUCGGAGAUAUCAUCAUACAUCUGGCUUGGGUACCUUUUGUCUUAUGUACAUUGCCACUUGUUACAAUUGCGUUGACAAUCCUAAUUCUGUUACACCGAUCAAUACGAGAUAACUCACAUUGCAAACAGAAAUACGGAGCAGCAUGGGACAGGUACCGCAACAGAGUUAGAUAUGCGUUGUUGCCAAAGGUAUAUUAACAGAAAUAUGGUUUUUUGCUGUUGUCAUUAUUUUUAUGAGUUAUGAAAAGGUAAUUAUAAAACUUACAAUUUCUGUAGCGAGGUUGGAAUUAUUAUAAAUAAUAAAUGUGUUUUGUUUAGUGUGUUUGUGAGUUUAGAAGAAUAAUAAAAAAAUCUAAGAGUGAUUCAUGAGGGUACAAAAAUGGCAAGUUAAUAUUUUUAUAUGAACAAAAUUUCGGAUAUUGUGAAUGUUUUAAUACAUUCAACGAAAUGAAGCUAAUGCGAAUUUGAAUACAAAAUUUUAAUUUUUCGACUCGGUUGCCAUAACCUUCAUUUUAAGAGGAUCUAAGAAUGCCGUGAACUGUAAUUAUUUGGAUUGUUAUAUAAUCUAUACGGAUUGUUACUGAAAAUGUUCAGUUUCAUUUAUGACAUUUUUAGAUCCAUCAAUCAUAAAAGUUAUAUUGUUUGUGUAAUAGAUUGAUUUUAGGUAUACGUAACUUGUGUAUUAUUAUAAUGACAAUAGUAUUUUGCAGUAAAUUUGGUAUGUUACAUAUCUAUCGAGCUCAGAUCUUAUUUUAUAUUUAUUCUGUGCAAACAUGUAAAUAUUGAAAUAAUGAUCAUUGGUGUAGCUCUAUAUUUAGUUAAAAGAAAAUUCAAAUUAUUUACUAUAUCAUGUGUGGUCAUGAUAAUAUAUACUUGGUUAUUACAGCCUCGAAUGAGCCAAAAUAUUGGUGUUUGAGAGUGUUGCCAUCAAUUAUUAAGGGUCAGAUAAUAGAAUAAGUGAUGGAGUUUAAAUACGCAGACAUCACGCUACCUUUACAGCUUUUUGUUAAUUAUUAUUUUAAUCGUAUUAUUUUAAUUAUUUAUUAUUAUUAAUAAAUUAAUAUUUUUUAUUAUUAAUAAAAUCCUACGGGCUUUUAAUUGUUAUUUAAAGUCUAUUUUUUUGAUAUUUUUAAUUUUGCACUGCUUUAUAUUUGAUAAUAAAUUAAUAACAUGCCGCACAAAAUCCUAGGACAACAUGAAGCAGCAUUCUUCGUUGGAUAUUCACUUGAUUUCUAUCUAAAAAUAAGUCAAAAGAUGAACUAACCUUACAUAUCCUUACAUAACUACAGAGUUAUCUCAUAACUUGAGGUUUAACGUCGCGUUAUAAAGUGACAGUUGAUAUAUCAGAUAACUCAAGAACUGUCAAGAAAUAACGCAAGUAGUUAAGUUAAGUAUGAUACAUCACACCAAUUCGAGGAUUAUAACAUAACUACAGGAUAACUUUACGUUAACGAUAACUUCGGUAAUCCAUCACACGGCUGAAUAACAAAAAAAUAACAUGAGAAAGGCGAAAAGGAUCUUAGAUAAUAAUAAACGGCGAAACAAUUUUUAGGCAAUAAAAAGAAACUAAACUGAUCUUAAAAUUAAUUACACUACGAAUUGCAUACUAAGAAGUUCCCCUAAAUAUUAUAAAACCUAUUGAAAACAUCUACCAAAACAACAAAUGGAAGAUAGUCUGCAAAGACUAGUCCAAACAUUUAAUUACACAGAUUUAACAUAAUAACAAAAGAAUUUAAUAUGACAAUCCCAUCUCAGGAAACUAAAGCAAUAGCAGAGGCGUGCGGUCCAUGGAAGCGGGGGGAGCACCGCUUCCCUAUACUUCGAUAUAAGAAAAUAUAUUAUUAAUUAAUAUUUAAUUAUCAACAAAUUUCCCCUAAUCUAAUUAAUCUAUUAUGUAGGCAAUAGGAUCGAAAAUAUAAAAAAUUUAUCGCAUAAACGAACUCAAAUAAUAAUAUACACACAAUUUAACGCAUCCUAUACCAAGAGUCCGUGCCUGUACGGAAGCUCUUUUUAAAAUCAGCGCAGUUGAUCCAUUCAAAUGUUGGCCAUUCGUGGUCAGGAUUUAAUGACCGCACUGACAAGUCAUCUUGAGUUCGCGCGAAUUUUCCUACGCUGGAAGCGCUAACUCUCGUCGCCUUACGGUCAGCUUUUACUUAUAAGUCAGUCGAAAUUCGUAGGUUUACGAGGCGAUGUUUUUUUAAAUUGUAAAUUUUGUGCUGUCGUUUAUCUUUUUCUGCAAUGGAAGGAGCGAGUGGACCGUCCUGUGGAUUUAUGAAUAAUAUAGAAAACUGUGUUUGUAUUUGUAUUGUGUGUAGUUUAUUAAAAAAAGGAUUUUCAAGUCGAAGUUAUCAAGAGAAAGUGGACAUUAUUAAGUCUGGUAGGUCAAAGGAGCCCAUUAAUUUGGAGACAAAAGUGGAAAAAUCGGCAAAGAAAUUUACCAGACAUUUCCAUGUGGGUUUUUAUGAAAAAUAUGAAUGGUUAACUGGCUGCAAAAUUGUAUCAAAAUUAUUUUGUUGGCCCUGUAUUCUUUUUAAUACAAGCGAAAAAACACAUUGGAACUCGGUCGGCAUUACAGAUUUAAAUAAUUUUCACAAAAGUGUAAAGCGACAUGUAAAUAGUAAGUGCCAUUUAAAUGCUACAAUUAAAGAAAAAACAUUCGGGGCAUAUCGCAUUGAACAUAGUUUGGACAAUCAUUUAAAAAUAAGCCACAGACUUCACAAUGAAAGCGUUAAGAAAAAUAGGGAUGUGUUAAAACGGUUGAUUGAUGUAACUUGUUUCUUGGGAGAACAUGAAUUAAGUUUCAGAGGUCAUAAUGAAACAAGUGAAUCGGCCAAUCGAGGAAAUUAUAUAGACCUUGUAAAUUUUUUGGCAAAAUAUGAUGAAACCCUAAAAAAUAAUUUUAUUAAUUCCACAGUUUUCCAAGGUACCUCAAACAGAAUCCAAAAUGACUUAAUUAAAUGUACUGCUGACGUUGUAAUGGAUCAUAUUAAAAAUUAGAUAAAAAAAGCUCCAUUUGUUUCAAUUGCACUUGAUGAAACAACAUAUGUAACCAAUUUUUGUCAGUUAUCCAUUGUUGUGCGAUAUGUGGUUGAUGGUAUUCCUCAAGAGAGAUUUUUAGAAUUCGUGAACUGGCGAUCGGACUGCAGAGGCUAUGUUUCAAAUUGUGUGUGGUACUAUUUCUAAGCUAGAAUGUAAUUCCAAGCUUGUUGCUCAGAGCUAUGAUGGCGCUGCAGUAAUGGCUGGUCAGUUAGCAGGUCUUCAAGCUAAAGUAAAGGAACAGUUUAAACAUGCAAUUUUUGUUCACUGUUUAGCACACAGACUUAAUUUGGUUUUAUCUCGAGGCAUGGACAAUAUUAAAGACGUUAAAGUUUUCUUUUCGACGCUAAGUGGCUUGGCAUCAUAUUUUUCAAAAUCAUCAAAAAGAACGCAUGCUUUGGAUAUACACGUUCAGAAAAGGUUUCCAAAAGUUGGUCGGUGUUUCGGUGUUUCAAUACCGUGAUUCAUUGAUAGACUUUUUUCAAGACGUUUGGGAUAAUAAAGAAAAAAGGGAUGCUGAGACUGUUACUGCUGCUAAGGGGUACUUACAUUGGCUUAAAGAAAAUUUCGAUUUCAAUUUUUUGCUAAAUGUUUUUGUAGAGAUUUUUCCUUUUACUGAUAUUUUAUUUGACAUUUUACAGACGAAGUCAAAUGACAUUGGAUUUUGUAUAAGACAAAUAGAUGAGUUUCGAAAUACACUAAUCAAAAAACGAGAGCAGUUCAAAAAUAUUUGGGAGAAAACUGUAACUAUGGGGUUAGAACCUGAAAGUAAAAGAAUAAAGAUUGCUAAUGUCGGCGAUAGAGACUCCUAUCGACGAUUAUACAUCGAAAUUUUUGACAAUAUCAUACAACAAAUGAAUUCUCGAUUUCAAAAUUUUAACGAAUUAAAAUUUGUAGAAUUAUGUAAUUUUAAUAUAUCCAAUUAUAACUCAUCAAAAUUUCCCACAGAGGCAUUUAAUUCCCUACGAUUAAAUUAUGGAAAUUUUUUUGAUGUCCCAGCUUUGAACUCUCAGUUAAGUGUCGUUUAUGAAACAAGUGACAUUAGUGAAAAAGAAAUUCCCAGGAACCUGUUAAAUUUUUUAAACACUACUGGUUUAAAUAAGUCCCUGUGUGAAGUGGUCAAAUUGUGUGAAUUAGUACUAAGUACUAACUAUCCCAGCCACAAGUGCAUCAGUUGAACGCAGUUUUUCAGUGUUAAAACGCAUUAAAAGUUUUACACGAAAUUCAACCAGCGAAGACAGACUUUCCAAGUUAGCCCUAUUAUCCAUUGAAAAAGAAUGCAUUAAACAAUUGUCAGAAAAUCCAAAAUUUUACGACGAUGUUAUAGACAAAUUUGCACUGGUUGAUAGGAGAAUAGACCUCAAAUAUAAAUAAGUGUUAAAAGGUGCGUGUUGUGGAAAUGCCUCGGAAUAUAAUAACAAUUUUAAAUGGAACUCUUCUUUUUAAGUUUAAAGAAACUAAGCCCGGAGUCGAGGUCCGAGCAAGCAAUACAGAUCGAUAAGUCACUAGAAAUAGCGGGAAUAGAGCGCCUCACGCUGGACUGCAUUGAUCGGGGUAGGAUUUCGUGUGUGAGUCCUUGUACCCAGGACUCCCACAUGAUAAGCACUUUGCUGAUAGAGAGCCCCUAUAGCGCAUCAGAGUGCUAUCGGGGGGGAAGUGGAUGGUCUGGAGCAUUGGGCCGGGAUGGAGUGACGGCCGCUUCUAGGAGUAAAUCCUCCUCUCCCCAAUGAAUUGUAUCACCCGAAUGUCUUUCUCAAGGGGCGUGCAAGUCUCUCAGUCUGGGUUAAACACUAUUGCUUGCUUGCUUGCUUCGUUUUACAGGUAAUUUUUUAUAGUUUUUGUUUUUAAUCCAUAUAAGUUAACAAGUAGUAUAAUAUUAGGUAUAUAUCUACUAUUUACCUAUUACGUAGGUACAUAUUUAUCACAUAGUAUAUAUUUUGAUCUCGACCUCCGUAAGAAAAUAAUUUUUUACUCUUACUGAAUCGCUUCCCCUUCCGAAAAUGUCACCGCACGCCACUGAGCAAUAGUAAUCAGUAAAGAACGAAUAAGAUGUACAAUCGAAAUUGAUGGCAUCAGUAUUGAACAAGUAAUGAAAUUAAAAUACAUUGGAAUACUGUCCAGUGUAAGACCAAUGACAUAUGUAUCAUAAUCAAGGCUCGACACAGCCACAGCACCACUGGAAAUGGCAGAGAUGAGAUUACUAAGAAGAAUUAUGGAAAAUACUCAUGAGAGAUCAAAAGAAGAGUAAAGCCAUUUGAAGAAAAUGUAACGUAAAGUGCAUAAACGAAUGGGUACUAAAUAGAAAAAAAAAAUCAAGUAACCACAAGCAGAAUGGGGGAGACCCGUGUGGUCAAUGUAGCAAGAGAUAAAUCACCAAUCGACAGAAGUUUCGGCUGACCGGGCGAAAGAUAUAGUGACACCCUUCCAUAGAGGUAUCAAUCCGCCAAUGAACAACCAGAAUUGCUUAUAGAGAAGAAGAAUAUCAAAAGAAAUAAAUAAUUAAUCGUUCGUGUUUUAUACACAUUAAAAAAUUGUAGAAUCCAUGAAAUAUUUGUGUUUGUGUUUUGUUUAAUGGCGCUGAAACUAAGCCAAUUAGCCAGAAUCCAUGAAAUAAUAAUAAAAAUGUAUGUACUUUUUAAAACCUUUAUUUCUUUAUAAUUAUUGAAGCGUACAACAUAAUACAGUCGAACCCGCUUAUUAGAAUACCGGAUAUUGAAAUAUACCGGUUUAAGGAAUAGACAUUUGAGGUCCCGAAACUUUUGCUUGGCACGAAGGCUAUUCAAAUAAGCGGGUUCGACAUUAUAAGGAUAUGGCAACGCUGCCAAAUAAAAAUAUUUUGUUCUGUGGAGGUUGAUUUGAGUCUAUGUAUUGAGGUUAUGUUUGCUAAGGGGUAUACUUAAGUUUAUUUAUACCUCUUGGUAAACAAUGAAUUGAGAAAAAAGGAAAUACUGUCAUACAAUGUAUGUGUACUCCUCAAAAAAAAUACUUGAUAGAUGAUAAUUUGAAUUUUCUAUAAUAUAUACGUAUAUAAUAGUUUUAUUGAAUUUAUUUUUCACAUGAUUUAACAUUUAAAGAUGAUAUAUGUACAUUUGAACUUGUAAAUGUUUUGUAUGACGUGAUUAUUAAAAUCUAAUCUAUUUAAUUCAACCUUUAUAAAACAAAAUUCGUGUUGAUACAGGGAUUUUAAUAGAUUUGAGUCUUUUUUACUGUGUAUUGUUUGAACGAUUAAAUUGAUUAGAAAUAAAAUCACUAGAGUUGUUUGUAUUGGAAAGGAGCAUUUUGAGUACAAUUCUUUCAUCUUUUUAUGUCCGUCUUUUUUGGUCCUAAUGUCGACCAAAAAAUUUUCCCUUAUUCGUAGAACACUUUGAGAGGAUUGAUUGUGAAGUAUAUUUAUGUUCUCUAUAGAGUUAAUUAUAUAGUUUUAUUAGUACAAUCUAAAAGAUAUUUACUUUAAAUUUAUAAAAUAGUAUAUAUAUUUUGUGUAAUAUUUACACAUUUAAAAAUAUGUAUUUUGUUGGUACUGAAUUUAAAGAAUCUGCAUUGUCAUCACAAGGCUUGCUUGUAACAAAUCUUGAAAAAUUGAAUUUUUAAAUUUAAUAUUGUAUGAGUAGUUCAAUAGCAAAAAUAGUUAUUGUUCGCCCGCUAUAACUUUUGCCAUGCGUUACGAUUUAUUUUCAAACAAAUUAAGUCAAAAUAUAAAGUGAAACGAACGUCGAUGUGUAUAUACAUUUUGUAUACUGUAUACUAUAUACUACACACAUCGGCGUACGUUUCACUUUAUGUUUUGACUUAAUUUGUUUGAAAAUGAAUCGUGACGCAUGGGAAAAGUUAUAGCGGACGAACAAUAUUCCUUUAUAAGUGGCACAUAAUAUUAAUGCGAUAUUUUUACAUAAAGUAAAAAAUUAUUGAUAAAUGUCAAUUUCUAAAAAUAUUCCUCCAAAAUAUUGUAGAGAUCUGGAAGUAAAUUAUUUAAUGUAGAGGUCAAGAUUAUGAUACAUUAGAUAGCUGGAAAAAUGACUUAUGAGUAAAUAAGAUUCGGUUUUAGUUUAGAACAAGGGUAGGCGGUUUACGGAUAUGAAAUUUAUAUCAAUGAAUUCUGUUUCACUUACUGAUGAUUGUACAAUAGUUUUUUAUUGGGGGCAAUCGUUAUUUUUCAUGUAAUUGCCAUGUAAAAUAUGUCUUAUUUUUAAAAGCCUCCGCCAUUAUAUACCAUGAAACAACAAGAAAUGACAAUUGUUUCACAAGCUCAAGAAGGGAAAUCCUAACAGUGUUGCCAUAGUUAUAUAAAAUAUGCUUUCUUAUGAAAAUUAGAAUCUUUCAAUUUUUAAAUAUUUUAUAUUUUGCUUAUUCUUACCCAUUUUUAACAGAAAAUGAUUGCUUUGUUACAAGGGUCAGAUUAGUUCUGGUUAGGUUAGAAGUGCAAUAAAAUUGUCACAAAAGGCAAAAAAGCAUCCGAAAAGUGUGGUCUUUAAUCUAUCGACAAGAAAGGACAUUUUUGGAAACGAGUAAACUACCGACAGAUGAAAUAAUUAUGUUGGUAGCAACUUUAUUACGUUAUUUAAAGCCAUGAAUUUUGCUUUGGACUUUGGAUUGCAUCCAUCUGUAUCUGUUUAAUGUAAGUAAUUUUUAUUAAAUUUUUAGAUCUUUUAAAGGUUAAAACUGGCAACACUGACAAAUGUAACGAAAAUUUGAAUAAGUGCUAUUGUUUAGCCUAUUCGUUUAACAAAAACUCAAAAUUUAAUCUUUGCAUUAGUUAAUAUUGUGUGCUACUUUUAAAUGCAAUUUUUGAAAUACCAUUAUCAAAGAAAUCAUCAUGACAUUUUAGAUUUUAUAAUUAUUUGGAACCGUUGGUAUCAAAUCGAAAUGUAAACAAAUUUUGACGUUUUUGUUUUUUACACAAAUAAGUUGGAUUUUUCCAGUUUAUAAAAAUAUUUUUUAGACCUUUUUUUAUAUUACAUUCUAAAAUUUUUGGAAAACUUGAUGUACUGUCCCUUUUUAUAUUUAUGCCUGUUACUACCACUUUCGCAUUUUUUAUUUAUUUUAUAUUACCAUUAUUAUGAUUCACUAAUUACAUCUGUUUUAAAACAUGUGUUAAGCAACAUUAAAAUGGGAGCUUAGAUAUAAACGUGCAAAGGUUUAUACAUAUUACAUUUAUUAAGACUAGAUAAGGUUCUCAAAACAGCUAAGGACAGGAAUUCAUCACAUUGUUCAAAGCAGGAAGAUAUUCGUCAUGAGUUAGAGGUUAUUUAGUACAUGUAAUGUAAUAAUAGGAAAUUGUUGUAUUCAAAACUUGAAUUUAACCUUUUAAUAGACAAGAUUGUAAAAAUGAUUGGAUUAAGUGGCUUUUUUCCAUAUGCUCUCUUAAGACGGUCUUGUCUUUUAUAGUGUUAAUUAAAAUAGAUUAACCAAGGCCAGAAUCAAAACAAAAAAAAAAUAGAUUAGUAACAAAACUUUUUUUAAAUUUUCAAUUUUAAUAAAAAUUCUCAAAACUUAAUAGAAGUAUCAGAUAUCAGAAAUAAAUUAAUUUAGUAUUACGAUAAAUAUUCAGAAUUAAUGUUAAUAAUUAAUGAUUGAGGAGUCAGGGGGAAAAACAAUCAUAGUCCACUUUUGGUCGAAAUUGAGAUGACGAAGUUUUCUGGUGAUAAAUACAUACUACUUUCGGAUGGUACGGAGUAAAAGGGGAAACAUUUACAGUCCUUUUAUUACAAAUGUUAAAUGCAACGGUGUACUGGGGAAGAACCAUCAUAGUCGAAACAUUAAAUUUCGAUUUCCAUGAAAACUGUUUUUGUGGACUCAGAUUGUUUUUCCCCCUGACUUCUCAAUUAUCGUAUAAUUCUUGUAAUGGCGAAUAUUGAUUAAUCUUCAUUGCUUUUCUUCUUUCAUUGUCACUUCUGUUUCUUCGAUAUGUUUCUUGUCAGUGUAGUAAAUGUAUUAUUUCCUAUUUCUUUGGUUUUAGUCUUUUAUCACAAGUCGUGUCAGUGCAUCUGUACUCAUGGUUAUAUACAGUUGUCCUGUCGGAUCUUUGCACAUGAAAUUAUUCAAGAAUUACUUUUUAUACUAAACUUACGUGCAUAGAAAUCGGCCCACCUAAAAAUUUGGUCAUUUUUGAACUCUCGUGUUUCCUAAACCUGUUGGCCGAUUUAAGUGAUUUUUUUUUACUAUGUUAUAGCCUUAUUAUCCAACAAUAUCGCUGUAAUAAUAUUAUUGCUAACCAUGUAAGUGUUAUUUUAUACCAAGUGUAACAAUGAUAGUGUGUUUUUUCCUCAAAGUUCGGAACACCCUGUGGAAUAUUCUAGCGUAUAUAAAAUAUUGAAAUUAGAACUCUACUGUAGCCUUAGGCUUUCUUAACAUUUUUUUUUUAUUCAUUCGCUUAUGUUGGAUAAUAAAAAAGUUAGAUAUUUUAACAACUAGUAACGUUCUUCAUCAAUACAGGGUGUUUCAAAAUAAGUGCGACAAACUUUAGGGGAAAUUCUGCAUGAAAAAUAAUGACCGUUUCAUUUAUAAACAUAUGUCCGUAAAUGCUUCGUUUUCGAGAUACGGGAUGUUGAUUUUUUUUACAAACUGACGAUUUAUUUACUGCUCUAAAACCGGUUAGAUAUGCAAAUGAAAUUUGGUGGGUUUUAAGAGGUAGUUAUUGCGCAUAUUUGACAUACAAUUAAGAAUUUUAUAUUCACCAUUGGCGUGCAUACGGGUCAUAUUACCCGUAUGCACGCCAAUGGUGAAUAUACAAUUCUUAACUGUAUGCCAAAAAAUGCGCAAUAAUUACGUAUUAAAACCUACCCAAUUUUAUUUGUAUAUCUCGUCCGGUUUUAGAGCAAUAAAUAAAUCGUCAGAUUGUACGAACAAAUUCAACAUCCCGUAUUUCUGAAACGAAGCAUUUGCGAACAUAUGAUUAUAAACCUAACGGUCAUUAUUUUUUCAUGCAGAAUUACCCCUUAAAGUUUGUCGCACUUAUUUAGAAACACCCUGUAUUGAUGAAGAACGUUGCUAGUUGUUAAAAUACCUAACUUUUUUAUUAUUCAACAUAAGCGAAUGAAUCAAAAAGCAAAAUGUUAAGAAAGCCUAGGCUACAGUUGAGUUCUAAUUUCAAUAUUUUAUAGACGCUAGAAUAUUCCACAGGGUGUUCCGAACUUUGAGGAAAAAACACACUAUCAUUUUUACACCCGGUAUAAAAUAACACUUACAUGGUUAGCAAUAAUAUUAUUACAGCGAUAUUGUUGGAUAAUAAGGCUAUAACAUAGUAAAAAAAUCACUUAAAUCGGCCAACAGGUUUAGGAAACACGAGAGUUCAAAAAUGACCAAAUUUUUAGGUGGACCGAUUUCUAUGCACGUAAGUUUUAGAUCUUUUUUUUUACUAAUAGAAACCAGUAUCGCAAAAUUAAACCGCCUGUCCAUAGAAACCACAAUAAGUUAAACAAGGAUAAGCGAUACGGCAUGUCUUGAUACAUUAUUUACUAAUAAUUUUGACGUUUAUCAUUUUCAGUGACAUUAGCGCAUUUGUUGUGUUCAGAAAUGGUUUUUCAUUUAUUUUAUAUUACAUAGUAAUAGUCGGUAUGAUGUUUAAGCUGUUUAAUGUUGAGUCCAUCAAUCUCCCCAAUAGUGAAAGAAAAUCAAACACUUCAAUAAAAUAACUUUAUAAAAUACGUCCACCGGGAUAAUAGCCAUUUCCUAAUACAUAAUUCUUCUUCGUUCUCUCUUUGUUGACUUUACAUUGACAGUUCAUGUCAACGUAUGUUUCACUUAAUGUUUUGAUUUAACUUGUUUGCAAAUGAAUUAUUAUGUUUGUGCAAAGCUCCAAAGAAAAUUGGAAUAUCUCAGACAUAUUACACAUGUAGAGAGAUACAUAUAACUUGCUUCAAUUGAUUAUGCAGGAAAAGAUUCAAGAAAAAAAAAGCAUAGAUAGACGCAGAAUAUCGUGGCGGCGCAACCUGAGAGAGUGGUACGGAUGUACAUCAAAGGAACUUUUCAGAGCAGCCAUCUCUAAAGUCAGCAUAGCUAUGAUGAUUGCCGACCUUUGUCGCGGAGGUGGCACUUGAAGAAGAAAGAUCGAACGGAACAACUGUAUUUACUUUAUUCAUGUAUCUCGAGGUCUUCCACAUCUCUAUUACUGCUGCUCAUUCUAUCUCCCAUGACAACUGUUUUCUUUUUUCUUUAUUCAUCCAUCCGUUGUUAAUUCCGAAUUCGUUUUAUACGUAUGGAUCUCUCCAAACUAAAAAUCUAUUGUAGUAACUAUAAAUCUUAGCUCAUAGAUUUUCUCCAAUUAUAAAUUAAAAAUAGGUGUUUAGAUUUGAAUGAGCCUUAUAUAAUAUCGCAAUUUUAACCAAGCCAUUUUGAAACUAAGUACAAAUUGGUCAAAAUCCAUAUCGUCUCUCUAUUUUAAAAGCUUUGUGUACAAAGUUUUUAAUAUCUGUAAUAAUUAUUUGCAUCAUUUUUUGAUCUCAAAAAGAAAGUUUGUGCAAUCGAUUUGUACAGAUAUAAUGCGCCAAAACAAAAUGUUAUAAAUAAAAAAAAAUAUAAAGAGAAAUAUUUUCGUAUUGUUCUUAAAACAACUGUACAGAUGUAAUAAAUAUAUAGUAAAUUUUACUAAUUUUAGUUAAGGUUAGUAGAUGACAUACAGGGCGAUUAGUAAGUAUAUGACUGGAUCAAGAGUUCAAAAACUAACUCUAUAUGUUUAAAUGUAUGAAGAGCAUUGAUUUUUUUACGUUUAAAACUUCCAUUGGGUUACAUGUCUAUGUGUAAUUGUGAGACACAAACAAGGUUUUAUUAAAGACAUAGUUUUAUUAUUUACUAUAUUAUAGAAAUUACUUUAAAAAGUUAAAACGUUAAAAAAUCAAGACCUCUAAUUGAUUAGUAUUAUAGGAGGCCCAAAGUUAAUUGUAAGUUUCUACAAUAAAAUUUUUGAUUAAA